GCGCCAUCUGGUUGGUGUUAAAAGGUAGCUAGCUUCCAAGGGGAACCCAUUUGCAGGACCCGGACCACACGACCAUCAAGAUCAAAUUGCUGUAACUUAUCACCUUCAGGUGACGGAGGAACAUAUACGCUUCGUUAUACUUGGAAUCAGUAAAGUGUCUACAUGGCAGUCAGAAGGGGCCACAUUCGAUACCUAAAAGUGUGUGAAGUGCAAAGCUGUCAGGGCAACGACAGAGAUUCACAGUCACACAUGAAAUCUGAGGCGUAUGAUAAUGGGUACGAGGACCAUAUGGGAGACGAGCCCAAGGACGCCAAAACCAACCUGAUCGUUAACUACCUGCCGCAGAACAUGACGCAGGACGAGCUCCGCUCCCUGUUCAGCAGCAUCGGGGAGGUGGAGUCUGCCAAACUCAUUAGGGAUAAAGCGGCAGGUAAUCCUUAUCAGAGAAACCAGAGCCACAGUUUAGGGUACGGAUUUGUUAACUUUGUUAACCCUAGUGAUGCAGAAAGGGCAAUCAGUACUCUCAAUGGGCUGAGACUACAGUCUAAAACUAUCAAGGUCUCCUACGCUCGUCCGAGCUCCGAGACCAUCAAGGAUGCGAACCUGUACAUCAGUGGCCUGCCGAAGAACAUGACCCAAAAGGACGUUGAGGACAUGUUCAUGCGCUUCGGCCGCAUCAUCAACUCACGGGUACUGGUGGACCAGGCCACAGGUAGUCUGUCCCGGGGCGUGGCCUUCAUCCGGUUUGACAAGCGCAUGGAGGCCGAGGACGCCAUUAAGCACCUGAACGGCACGAAGCCUCCUGGUGCCGCCGAGCCAAUCACGGUGAAGUUCGCAGCCAAUCCCAACCAGGCCAGGAACUCCCAGCUGCUCUCCCAGCUCUACCACAACCAAUCACGACGCUUCAACGGGCCAGUGCAUCACCAGGCACAGAGGUUCAGGUUUUCCCCCAUGAGCGUGGAUCACAUGGGCAGCGUGUCGGGGAUGAAUGUGCCCGGGAACUCUGCGUCGGGCUGGUGCAUCUUCAUCUACAACCUGGGCCAGGACGCAGACGAGGGCAUCCUCUGGCAGAUGUUCGGCCCCUUCGGUGCGGUCACUAAUGUCAAGGUCAUCCGCGACUUCAACACUAACAAGUGCAAAGGCUUCGGGUUUGUUACCAUGACAAACUAUGAGGAGGCUGCCAUGGCAAUUGCAAGCCUCAAUGGUUAUCGCCUAGGAGACAAAGUCUUGCAAGUGUCUUUCAAAACAAGCAAGUCUCACAAGUAGACUAUUUUUGUACACAGGGUGGAGGAUGAAGGAGGUGUUUGUAAAGCCUGAUUGUAGAAAUGUUUUUCUUUUUUAAAUAACUGUAUAAAUAGAAUUUCUACAUCUGUAAUGUGCAUCUUUGUCCUAGAGAGUAGGUGUAGAUAUCUUAUUGGAUCUUGGAUUUAAAUGCAAAAUCUUUUUUUUUUUUUUUUUUUCCUCCAAGAUU